GCUAUUGUGGAGGAUCAGGAUCUAUAUUUACCUGCUAAGUACAACCUACAUUUGCAUUUGCGUGAGUCGUUUUUCUCAUAGUUGUCCUGACAACUCUCCAUCAUCCUAGUGCGGCAUGUCCUCUGCCUAUACUAAUUAUUUCGGGAACACAAGUAGUGCAAAAGUAUCGGAACGCAAAAAGAAGAAGAAGAGCAAUCGCUCUCCGCGUCGUGCAGAAGAACAGACUGCGUCGCCCGGAGCGUACGAACAGGAACAUAAUAGUAAUACAGGAUCUGAGUCCCCGUAUUUCUAUUUGUUCGACGAGAAACACACAGAAGCGGACUAUUGCAUCAACGGGACGCUGAGGUGCAAGGAUUCCGAAGACCGCGUCUUGGAGAGCAUUGACGGCAAACUAAAGACUCAACGCUACCAGAUCCACCCGCAAAUCUUCACACCGUGGCGGGGCAGCGACCGCUCCACACCUGCGUUUCUUAGCUUCGAAGAGCACAGACACAAAUAUUACAUCGAGCGCACCAGCGCGUCUCAUCGGAAGAAGGAAGAGUCAGCCUACGACGAGGACCACAGGAGGAGCAAAAGCGCCAGCGCGCUCGGGCAAAGCACCAUGUCUUCGGGUGGUCUCUUGUUCGGAACCGGUAGCGCCGCGGCGCCGACUGGUGGUGGUCUCUUCUCCACAGGCGCUGCACCAUCAAGCGCGCCUGCUGGAGGCGGGCUGUUCGGAAAUGCGAGCUCACUUUUCUCCGACGCCGCCAAGCAAGAAAACAUCUUCGGGGGCGGUUGUCAGCAGCCGCCGGCUGACAAAAAAGAAAAACAAGGAGGUUUGUUCCGAGGUCCUCCGUCGCCCGCCACUGGCAAAACCAUCGAUGCGAGCGGCUUGUUUCAUGCUAAUACAAAGACCAAGGAAGACGCUAAUACAGCAGCCCCCUGUUCCUCCGAGAAGCAAGGCGUGGAAAACAAGGGCGCUGACGCCCCGACGCGGUCGCCAACGCCUGACCUGAUCACUCCGAGUAUUCCUGACACUGAUGACGAGGACGAUUUGGGAUCUGACAGGGAAAAAAGCCAGAAGUGCUUUGCCGGGGCUGACAAGGGCAAGAAGCAGGCCGCUGAAACGAAAAAUGCUUGUUCCACUGCAGCAUCUUUGAACCCGCAGCAAGCCCAGCUUCUGAAAAAGACCCGCAUUCUCGCCGCUUCCUCCCACGGCGCGGAGGGCCGCCGCUUGCGCCGGUUGCUUGGCCGCUUGGAGAAAGGCGAAAAUGUGUCUGGUUCACCGGGAGCGCAAAAUGGUACUGGCCUCAACAGUACUACAUCCGAAGAAGAUGACGCUCGUGUUCUCCACUACCUGACGAACAACGAGGACGAACUGCUUGAGUUUGUCGCGCAAGUGAACAAGGUGUACCAGGAGAAACUGAAAAAGCCCGCGCCGUUCAUGACGUUCAUCCUAAUCGGCAUGCAGUCCGCCGGGAAAUCCACCAUCGUCGAGCGCUUCCUCCAACGGGUUAUCAACGUGGUGAAGGAGGGCACCGGCACCCGCUGCCCACUGGACAUCACCUGCAUCCACGACGCAAACGCCAUCGAGCCCGUGUGCGAGCUUUCCGGGUGCAAGCAACCAGGGUCCAACGGCGUGAAACUUUCCGUCGAGGACGUGUUUCGUGCGGUCACCGCGCACAACUUCGCGCUCGCCCAGGCGGAGAAGUUUUCGAAAGAUUCUUUAUUCCUGAUCGUCCGCAGCAAAAACGUGCAGAACAUGCGGUUCGUGGAUUUGCCCGGUAUCAUUUCGAACAAAUCGAAGGGGAUCGACAACCGCGACGACAUCAAGGGCAUUUUGAAGGCGGAGAUGAACAAACCGAAUUCCCGGAUGUGCGUGUUACUAGAGCCGAAGGAGUUCGCGACCAACCCGAUCGUGGAUUUCAUCGACCAAACCAUGUGCGGUCGGGAGAAUUGGGUGGACAAAGCGACUUUUUUCAUGACCAAAUUCGAUAUGCGUCUCGGCGACAGCCGGACCGGGAGCAAAGCGAACGCGUUUUUCCAGGAGUUCCGUGACAACGGCGUCGUGCCCUUCAUGGUCAUCACGCCCACCCUGCCGACGGAAAAGUUGGAUCCAGACGAAAUGUUCAAGCAGCGGCAGGAGUUACUGAGUAAAGCGGAUCAGCACGAAAGCGAGGAGUUCCACAACUGGGUCUGUCAACACCGAAACUAUUUCGACACGCACCCGGAGGACGAGGAAUUGCUGCCUUGCUACAAGGAGAAGAUGGGGUUCCGGUCGGGGGUGAAUGAAUUACGGGAGCAGAUGUUGGCCGAUACCGCGAAAAGACUGCCCGAGGUGUUGACGGAGAUCCGGAAGCAGCUGAAGCACUGCGAAACGGAGCAUAAGUUAUUGCGGGAACGGGAGAAAUACAACGACCCGCAGGAGUUGCGGUUGAUUGUCGCGCAGGUCUUGCACAAAUUAACGGAUCGCAUCUUCACGUACCUUGACGGGUCUCUGGAAAUCGCCAUGAAGUUUCCGGACAAGCUGCAAACCCUCGAGGACGAGAUCAUCGAAGAAGACCAGUCGGACUGGGCCAGCCGGGAGUUGAACCACUUAACCGAGGAGGAAAACCGGUGGCGGGACUUUAUUGCGAAGGCCGCGGAGGAGACGGGGGAGUACCCGGAGCAGGUCCAGCCGGAGCAGCCGUUCCUCGGGGGGAAGCAGUACCAGCGGGCGGUGCAGUUUUUUCGCUGCAACAUGAUUGACCAAAUGCCGGAGCCGCACAAGCUGAAGCAGUACGUUCCGAUGGCGACCGGGUACCUGCAGGGGGGGCUGCAGCGGGAGAACUGGGAGCGGGCGAUCGUGGAAAUCAUCAAGCACUGCGUGAAGCAGGUCACCCACCCGGGGAUCAACUUCUUCGUGAAGCACGUGGGAAGCAUUUUCCGCAGGCUGUUCUCUCUCGCGCUAGACGACAUCCGGAAGGGGGAGGAAUUUUCCGCGACCUUUCAAUUACUGCCCGCGACGGUUGAAAAUUUCUUACGGAAGGAGUUUGACACGAUGCUGUGGAAGCUGAUGCAGGCGGCGACGGAGAAGACGCAGUGCUCUCUGGAACCCAUGUACACCACGGUGAACCCGAAUUUGCCCACGUUUGUCACGUCGACCAGCAUGGGCGAGGAGGCGCUGGGCGGAAACGAAAAGGAGGAGGAAAAACUGUACGUUUGGGACGUGAAACUGCAGAAGUACGUGGAAAAACAGGACACGAAAGCGAAGAAGAAAAAGGAUAGGGAGCCGGUUUGGCUGGAGCAAAUGACGAACAAGGUGUCGGCCUUGUUCAGCGGAUCGGGGGCGGUAUAAUUGGAAUUACUUGUUUUCGAGUUCAUCGUGGGGGCUUCUGAAAGACCAAAAGAAAAAUUUCGAGGUAGAAGAAGAACAGAUUGGUAUAAACAGAUCAUGCAGCGCUGCGCCUUUUUUAUUUUUGCAGAUUAAGUAUAAGUACUUCUUCCAGAAGGUCUUCUUGCAGGUCGUACUCGUAGAAACCUGUUGCGCCACGUCGUUUGAAUAAAAUUAAAAUUUCACCAGUACGUUAUAAUCAAAUCGCAACUCCUAUCAGGAAGCCAAGAAGUUUCUGCAGCAGGAGAACCUGCAGCGUGCGCAAACGCGGAAGGAGUUCCUGUCGGACAAGAGAACCGCUAUGAUCACCAAAACCGAGACCGGGGAGAUUCUCCAGCGGUCCUUCGAGUACAUCGCGGCCUUGAUGGAGUUCAACUUGGUAACGCUCGAGUUCCAGUUCAAUCACUACCUGUACCAAGGUUUUAAAGAUGCUUUGAACGACCAAUUUUCCUCCCGCUUGAUCAUCGAGUGUGACUUUUCGAAACUCGUAGACCCGGAUCCGGACGUCAAACGCCGUGCGGAGGACUUGGAAACGCAGAUUGAGGGGUUGCGGACGAGCUUGCAGCACGUGGCCAGGAUGCAGGACAAGCUCCGGGGAUAGUAGGGGGGUCCUCGUUCUACAGGAGGCGAAACAAUAACAAACUUAUUCGAGACUGGGUUCUUCGUUGGAAUGCAAAAGCAAAUGAUGAAAAAGCACAAGUGUGUAAAGCUCUGACUAGAACUUUUUUUGCUGUUGAAAAAAUCAUGUAUCGAGAUCGACUGACACUGACGCUUCCUCAGCUUGUAUGAAGCUGAAAGUCGAAGUUCGUGUAGUUGCACGAACGCUAUUCCUAUUGAUCGUAGUACGCUGAUAUUCCACUCUCGUCUGUGUGAAGUUAAAAAGUGGACGACUAUGAUAAAUUCUUGUUGCGAAGCACAAGACUGCUACAGAAGCAGAUUUUUUUCCCAUCAAGCAAUGCUAUCCCUAUCACUAUGCAAAGUGAUGGGUAGAAUCCUAUUGCAAAUGUACGCAUGUUGGCACUGACACAGCGGGUGCAACACGAUAAGAAAGUCAUAUCCAUACCGAUUCGUGCACGCGGGCCCAUUGAUUUCGAGGCGCAUGAAU